AUGCCCCACGCCUUAGCUCCCGUAGUCGAAGCCGAGAAUGAUGCGCAAGAGCUUGAGCUCGGGGCAGAACCGGGGGAGGUGCAAUCUCUUUGCGACGACAGAGAGAAUGGCGGAGGGGAGGCGGAAUGCGCGGGCGGAAGCGGGGCUGGCGGAGGAUGGGGGGAGCGGAGAGCGCAGCUGCUGCAGCUCGGAGCGGCGAGCUGGGACAGGCUGGUGCCGCGCCGAGUGCGGAGAAUCUUCGGGCAGGGAAUCAUGCCGCGCGCGUGGGGGUCGCAAGGGCCAAUAUUCGGGCUCGUGGAUCGGCAAACCACGCCCGCAUCGGCAUGGGAGUGGCUAGUGGACACGUGGAAGUCUCGCCGCGUGGGGCGGUUGGAUUUCCUCCGCCACCCGCUCGUGCGGCCGGUAGUGCAGCUGCCGACGGAGGCGUUCGUGGGGCUGCUGUUCUGGACGAGCCUCAUGGCGUUCGUGCGCUCCGUGUACUGGUUCAUGCUCGCCGCGCAGGGCCUCACGUCACACAUCCUCCUGCUUGGUUACCUGCUCGUCCCAGGUAGGGCUCCAUUCAGUCAGGUGCUCCCCGCGCUCCGUGUACUGGUUCAUGCUCGCCGCGCAGGGCCUCACGUCACACAUCCUCCUGCUUGGUUACCUGCUCGUCCCAGGUAG